CAUAACCUCAAAACUGACCAAAAUAUUUAAACAGUCAACAAAUAGCACAAACUAAAACGCUAAAACCAAACGGAUUUGCAGUUAAACUUAAUUUCUGUGUGAUAUUAUUAUGUAUGACCGAUAAAAUUAGCCAGAAUCCACCUAAUUUCUGAUUCUAACAUACCUGUUUAAUUUCGUGCCGUGCGAAAGUGCAGCAACUGAGUUUAAUACAAGUGCCAGUAUUUCUGUGAACAUUUAGUAAGUGAACAUGUUCAACCAACUGGGCACCACGACCAACAACCCCAACAAGGACCUGGAAGUGACGUCGCCGCCCGACGACACGGUGUCGGCGCUGGAGUUCUCGCCGCCGUCCGUGCCGCAGACCUUCCUCAUCGCGGGCAGCUGGGACUGCCGGGCAAGAUGCUGGGAAGUGGAGGCAUCAGGCAAGACUGUGCCAAAGGCAGCACAAGGCAUGGACGGACCAAUACUGGAUAUAGCAUGGCAUGAUGAUGGCUCAAAGGUGUUUAUGGCCUCCACAGACAAAACUGUGAAAUGCUGGGAUCUAGCUGCAAAUCAAACAAUGCAGGUGGCAGCACAUGACGCACCAGUGAAGACGUGCCAUUGGGUCAAGGCGCCCAACUAUACCUGUCUCAUGACAGCCUCUUGGGAUAAAACACUCAAGUUCUGGGAUACCCGAAGUUCAGUUCCUAUGAUGACUAUGAAUUUGUCAGAACGUUGCUAUUGUGCUGAUGUUGACUACCCGAUGGCGGUGGUGGGCACGGCCGACCGCGGCAUCUGCCUGUACACGCUGGAGGGCAAGCCGGCCGAGUUCAAGCGCGUGGAGUCGCCGCUCAAGCACCAGCACCGCUGCAUCGCCAUCUUCCGCGACAAGAAGACCAAGCAGCCCACCGGCUUCGCGCUGGGCAGCGUGGAGGGCCGCGUGGCCAUCCAGUACGUCAACCCCACCAACCCCAAGGAGAACUUCACCUUCAAGUGCCACCGGUCCACCGGCACCACCGGCGGCUAUCAGGACAUCUACGCCGUGAACGACAUCGCGUUCCACCCGGCGCACGGCACGCUGGCCACGGUGGGCUCGGACGGCUCGUUCUCGUUCUGGGACAAGGACGCGCGCACCAAGCUCAAGCCGUCGGAGCCGCUGGACCAGCCGCUCACCAAGUGCGCCUUCAACCACAACGGACAGAUCUUCGCCUACGCCGUCGGCUACGACUGGUCCAAGGGCCAUGAACACUUUAACCCAGCUAAGAAGAAUUACAUUUUCCUGCGGCCAUGUUUCGAGGACCUGAAGCCACGCUCUACAUGAAAUGUAUAUACCUAAUUUCAUUCCAUUCAUUUAUUUAGUUACAUAAUAUUUGGUUUUGUUAUUACACCACCUAAAACAUUUAAAUAGCCUUGAUGGCCAUGAUUCAAUGUUGUGUAUGAGUUUUCAUUCUGAAUGAUGUCUGGAAUCAAUUCUUUCCAGAUUUAUUUACUUUUUGUUAAGUGAAAUAAAUUGUAUAAGAAUGUGCUUUAUUUGAAAUAAGUUAAGAAUAAGAAUUGAAACAUACAAAAUAAUUGUACUUCCUUGUACUAAUUUUGCUUCCUAUAUUCACGAUUUGUAUAGUUUGU